UUAGGUAAACAUUAGCCACGUAAGAACCGGAUGCGACUUCGAGAAUUAGAAGUAGUAAUACGUAAUAGGUUAAGCUUUGAACUGCAGAUAACGUAUGUCUCGUGUAAGUGCCGGUUAGCACUGUAUACAACAGCCAGGAGCCACACAUUUCUGGUUCAAAUUGGACUGACAAGCUGUUGAGACCACUCAUUUGCGAGGAUCGUCACGCUAUUGUAAUUUGUUAAGGCACCUUGUUGUGACUUGUGGAGCACAGUUGGCAAUCACCUGACGCACAGCCGGACAGUAUUACUCAGCUUACGAAAUUGUACACCUCGGAUUAGGUACGACUAUAAUGAUAAUACAUUUGUUAUUUGAUCUAAGCAGCUGUGCAUUGACGUGUUCACUAUUGAAAGGUGCAGUGUAUUAUUUUGAUGGCACGCUCACCUCAUCAUUUAUGAUGGUCUUGGAAUGGAAUGUGUUGUAUCCAGCUGUAGUUUUUGUCAGCAUCAUUCAUGGUUCAAGAUCUGCUGCCUCAGAUAUUGCAUCCUAUGAUAAGAUGAGGCCUGAAGCUUGCAGGAUAUUUUGCAUGGGUAAGAUCCUUCACUAUGUUCAGAUGACAAGGGUUUUUAAUGAUAGUAAGUACUUUGUUGACAUGAAGCUGAAAAACUCUCCCCAGGAAACGGAGAAUAGAUUCAAUGAAUUACUUUCAAAAACAGAAGAUAAUCCAAGUAAAAGUGAUCUGCUGUCCUUUGUCGAAGAAAACUUUUCUGAGCCUGGCACAGAAUUUGAGUUAUGGAAUCCAGAAGACUGGAAGCCCCUGCCUAAAUUCACUUACGAGGUGUAUGAUUUUAAACUAAGAAAUUGGAUUAGAGAAUUGAAUAAAAAGUGGAAGGUUUUAGGGCGCAAGGUAUCUUCAGAUGUCCUAGUAAACGAAGAUCUUUAUUCACAGAUUUAUGUGCCCAACCCUUUCAUAGUACCUGGAGGUAGGUUUACAGAAAUUUAUUAUUGGGAUUCCUAUUGGAUUAUUGAAGGUCUCCUUCUUUCUGAAAUGGAAAGCACUGCUAGAGGAAUGAUUGAAAAUUUUAUCUAUUUGGUGAAUGAGUAUGGUUACGUUCCCAAUGGAAAUCGUAAGUACUAUUUAGGACGAUCUCAGCCUCCAUUUCUAAUUCCAAUGGUCAAUAUUUUUUGGAAGCACACUAGAGAUCUCAAUUUUUUGAGGCAGACCAUUGAUGUCUUGGAAAAAGAAUUCCAAUUUUGGAAUAAUAAUAGGUCAACUAUGGUGACUGUUGAUGGUACUGUUUACAAGGUAUUUCAGUAUAAAGUAACAUCAUCUACUCCAAGACCAGAAUCAUACUAUGAAGAUGAAAAUCUUGCUCAAAGUCUUAAAAAUGAAACGGAGAAGUCAAAAUUAUUUUCAGAGAUAAAAUCAGGAGCAGAGAGUGGCUGGGAUUUCUCCUCUCGUUGGUUUAUAUCAAAAGGAGAACAUACAACUAAUAUGUCAAAUAUAAAUGUUCUAUCUAUAGCUCCUGUAUGCCUUAACAGCUUGAUGGCUUUUAAUGCAAAUCUUUUAUCUAAUUUCUUUGGUGCAUUGGGAAAUCCAGUAAAGCAAAAUGAGUAUAGAGAGCUUGCUGUGGCAAUCAAUAGUACAAUAAGUAGAAUCUUCUGGAGUGAGCGUGAUGGUGUUUGGUUAGAUUAUAAUCUUGAGACAAAAGAGCUUAUACCUGGCUUUUAUCCAUCAAAUUUAAUGCCUUUGUGGACAGAAAGUUUUGGACAGGAGAGAGAUCGCAGUUUUGUUGUAAACCAAGUUCUGGCUUAUCUCGAAAGAAAUAAAAUACAAUCUUAUCAUGGUGGUAUUCCUGCUUCUCUUGUUGAAUCUGGUCAGCAGUGGGACUACCCUAAUGGAUGGGCUCCAUUACAGUAUUUUAUUGUCAUGGGUUUGCAUAAAGCUGGCCGGUACAAUAUCAUGGCAAAAGAUAUGGCAUUUAACCUAGCACGAGAUUGGGUUCUGAAUGUAUAUCAAACCUAUGAGAAUUCUCAACCUCAUACCAUGUUUGAAAAAUACAAUGUAUCGGAACCUGGAAAAAGUGGAGGAGGAGGCGAAUACAAGAUACAAGAAGGUUUUGGCUGGACAAAUGGAGUUGUGAUGAUGUUCCUAAAUGUUUAUGGCCACAAAAUCAAGACUCAGGACACCUAUGAUCCCGCUCCCUUGGUAGUGGGAACCCUCCUGAUGUUAGUGUCAGUCAUUUCUGUUCUGAAUUAUAUGUACAGGGUACGUUGUUGUAAAAGGCUCACAUGGAAUUCAGUUGAAAUUCGGCCGUAGAUGAGUGCAGUAAAAUAUACUGUUAUUCAGCAUUAUCUGCUUAUGGUAUAGUUACAUAAUCUUACCUCCCAGCAUGUACCUGAAUAAUUAGUGGUAAUAUAGUACUUUAUUUAUAGUGUGAUUAUAUACUGAUUAUAUUUUUUAUUGUAUGUCUGAUAUUCUAAAAUGUAAUUGAAGCUUUACAGCACUAUAUCCUUUCAUGUUUCUGAUCAUUUGGUCAUAGUGAUAUAGAAAAAAAAAUUUUGUGUUGAUUGAAUUGCAGAUUUGAACUACAAUAAAAGAGUAAUGACUUCGUUAUUGUCAUAUUUUUGCAUUGAUGAUGACAUUUUUCUUUCUGUAUUGUAAGAACUUGAUCAUUUCCUCACAAGUAAGUUUUUUGCUAAUAGAUAAUACAUAUUGAUAAAUCUUUUUCAUUGCAUAAUUUUGUACUGGUGCUACGUAACCUUGUAAGAUACAUAAUAGUUUGUUUGUUCACUAUUUGCAGGCAAUACAUAUAUAUGCAAUACAGAAACUGAAUUAUAUGUUGGGUAAAAACAGUUUAGCAAUCUUAAAAUGUAAACUGUUCAAGAAGUAUUAACUUGCAUACCUGAGUAGGAUAGAUUCUUUGAGGAAGCAAUAGGUACUAGGUAAUUUAUUAUUUUUAAUAUUGUAGAAACCAUUUAUAUAUUUUGCAUUAAUGAACAUGCAUGUAUAUUAAGAUGCUGAUAGUGAAGGAAAGUUUGAGAAAACAGCUUGAUAAAACACUGCAGGGGCGCCGUUUUUCCAGUGAGUAAAUCAACAGUGGUUAGAAAUAUGAAUCAUGGAGAACUUUUGAUAUGCUGUUACAGGAGUUAGUCAUAUUUCAGUAGGAUAUUUUAAGUAGAUAAAGAUUAAAUAUUUUUUUCAAUUUCUUGGUAAUAUAUUACUGCUCUUAAGAUCAGGGUAAAUAGUUGUUGAUGUCAGUCCCAUGAACUUGACUGACUGAACUUGACUAGACAGGAUUUGUUGAAGUAUUUAACAGAGAAAUACAGUUUGUAGUUUUCUUGACCACUUGUUCCAGAUAUUUAUAAAUGAUAGCUCUUGUUAUUUGCAAAUAAGGUGGUUAGUUAGAUCAUUUAUGUUUUAGACAUAGUUGUCUGGGGAAAGCUUAUCCAUACAUACUGCCGUUUCUGGAGGGUAAAUCGUAUACACCAUUUUUAUAAGUAAAAAAUUAUUUGGAUAAAUUAAGUGAUGUUGUGGGGCUGCAUAUUGGGACCCUGUAUUCUCCCAGUAAUUUCACAUAUCAGGCCUCCUUGUAUACCAGCUUAACAGUUUUCAUUGUGUGUUCCGUCCAGCUGUUUUUACAGGCUGAUUUUUGCCAAUAUUUUCAUUUAAUUUGAGCUUCCAUUACCUUUGAUAAGGGUAACACUCUUUUGAGCGCAUUGUUACUUUUAAUCACAGAUUUCUGCCUGGAAUGCCCACUUCAGCAUAAGGCUUUAAUAGUUCGACAUAGUUACCCGUGUCUUUGAGUACACUAUGCAUGAUGUUACUACACAUAACACUCCUCUAGUCACAUAAAAGUUUUAUUGUGUAUGUUUGAUGGCUGGCUAACCCUCUUAUCAGCCUGUGGGAUUGUGCUGUAUAUUUUCCAAAGUUGUAUGGGUCUUUGAACAAAGCUUUAUACACCAUGAAAUUACCUUUAACAGUGGCCAUCCCUCACCUUUUGCCUUGAAAAUUCCCCUUUUCUAUUUCUUCUGCAUCCUUAUAAAAAGAUUUUCCUUCAUCCAUUCACUUAAGUUAACAUUGAUCCUGUCUGUAUGCUAACAUUAAUGAAGGUUAAUUAUUGUGGAUGUUACUUUAUAGCUUGUAGAAUAUGUAUCUCUGCUCUAAACCCUGCUAGUAAAACUGUUCUUAAUGUAUUAUAACAGUUUUGUAAUUGGUGAGUUCAUUUUCUACCCUGCUCAUAAACAAUUUGUAGCACCAUUGGUUUAUACAUACAAUUUUGAUAGGCGUUACCAGAAUAAUAUUUUGAUGCAGUUUCUUAACCCACAAAUACAUGUUAGCUUCAGAAGUAACUUCUUUUAGUGCUACCACUUUCAAGCUUAAUUGGUAUUCUCUUUCACCCUUUGAUUAUCAUCCUCUCCACAAGAUUAUCACAUGGCAUAGUCACAAAUUCUUUUUAGUCCAUUAAGUUAGUUUCUGGUUCAUGUGUAUGACAUUGACACAUUGAACUUGCACACAAAAAGAAGGCAGGCAAGGCAAGACAGAGUUUAUGAGCAGGAGUAUUUGCAACCAAGGCCAUGAGCUUCUGCUGUUAUAUACCAGACCAGUAGUUCUCUUCCUCAUUAUGUAAUCCCAUUAUCCA